AUGAGUAACACACCAGAACUCACGUUAUACACCGGCCAGACGCCGAAUGGAAUAAAAAUCUCCAUCGCCCUAUCCCUCCUCUCCCUACCCUACAAAACAGUUCCAAUCUCCCUCUCAACCCACGAACAAAAAUCCCCCUGGUUCACAUCCAUAAACCCCAACGGUCGUAUCCCCGCCUUAACCGACCACUCCCCCCCUUCAUCCCCAAAAACUCCCCUCCACAUAAUGGAAUCCGGCGCCAUACUCCUCUACCUCUCAGAAACCUACGACCCAAACCACAAAAUCAGUUUUCCAAAAGGAAGUACAGAAUACUGGGAAACGAUCCAAUGGGUAUUCUGGCAAAACGCCGGAUUGGGACCGAUGCAAGGACAAUCCAAUCAUUUCAUAAGAUACGCCGGCGAGGAUAUUAAAUAUGCUAAGGAAAGGUAUGUAAACGAGACUAGAAGACUUUAUUCUAUUCUAGAGAAAAGACUUGAAGUUCAGGAGGUGGAAGGGGGCAGUGGAUGGGUUGUGGGGGAUCAUGUUAGUAUUGCUGAUAUUACGAUUUUUGGAUGGGCUGUGUUUGCGGAGUGGGCUGGGGUUGAUUUGAAGGAGUUUGAGAGGGUGAGAAGGUGGAGGGAGAGGAUGGAGGGGGUUGAAGGGGUUGAGGAGGGGAGGAAUGUGCCGGAGCCGAGUGGGUUGAGGGCGAUUAUGGGGGAUGAGAGGAAGAUGGAGGAGUUUGCGGAGGGGAGUAAGAAGUGGAUUUUGGAGGGAAUGAAGAGAGAUGCCAAAUAA